CGGGUCGGGCCACGCUAAAACGGCCCCCAAGAUGAGCUCGUCGUCGCUGCUGGCCGAGGGCCCCAUUGAGCCACCCGUGCUGCUCUCAGACAUCAAAACAGAGCCCCCGGAGGAGCUGCUGGCCAGCGACUGCAGCCAGCCACAAGCCGAACCCGUGGACCUGUCGCUCCCUGUGCCCCCCGUCUCGGUGCAGUCCUCGCCCAUGCUGGUGGCUCCCCCCAUCCCGGCGCCCACCGUGUCCAUCUCGCCCUCGGGCCUGAGCUCCACCUCCGCCAUCCCGGCUGUCCUGUCUCCCGGCUCCAUCCUGGCGUCCACGCAGGGCAGCGGCGGGCAGCAGAUCCUCCACGUCAUCCACACCAUCCCCUCCGUCAACCUGCCCAGCAAGAUGGGCAAUCUACAGACUAUCCCCGUGGUGGUGCAGUCCCUGCCCGUGGUCUACACCACCAUGCCCACGGACGGUGUCACCGCCAUCACCGUCCCGCUCAUCGGGGGCGAUGGCAAGAACGCUGGCUCUGUGAAAAUUGACCCUGGCUCCAUGUACCCCAUGGACAUGAACAGCGACAGCGAGGACAGCGUGUCGGAGAGCGGCCCGGCGCCCUUUCAGGACCUGCAGCGAGAGUCGGCCGUGGCGCGGAUGCAGCGGGCGGACUCUCCGGACCUGAAGAAGCGGCGCAUCCACCAGUGCGACUUCGAGGGCUGCAACAAGGUCUACACCAAGAGCUCCCACCUCAAGGCCCACCGGCGGAUACACACAGGCGAGAAGCCCUACAAGUGCACCUGGGAAGGCUGCACCUGGAAGUUCGCCCGCUCCGACGAGCUCACCCGGCAUUUCCGCAAGCACACGGGCAUCAAGCCCUUCCGCUGCUCGGACUGUGACCGCAGCUUCUCCCGCUCCGACCACCUGGCCCUGCACCGCCGGCGGCACAUCAUGAUGUGAGGAGCGAGGCCC